AUGUCUUCGAUCGGUGAAUUUGCUUGUACUUACGCUUGUUUAAUCCUUCACGAUGAUGAUAUUCCUAUCAAUAUAAUAAUUGAUGAACUGAUCAUGAACGUUAGAACCCCAACUUCUAACAAUAAUGUUGCCACUCCUCCUUCAAUUACUGAUAACGAUGCUUCCACUGCACCUUCUGUCAAUAACAAGAAGAAGGAGGAAAUAAAAGAAGAGAGUGAUGAUGAAGCCAUGUUUAGCUUAUUUGAUUAG